GAAGAACGCAACUUUCCCAUCGCUUAUAAUAUUUUACUCCAUAAAGAUUUCAUCCAAUCGGAAUUUUUACUCAGAGCUAUAUACAGACCACAGAACUAUUAUUGUGUCCAUGUGGAUGGAUUUUCCCCUCCCAGCUAUCACGAGUCAGUUCAGAAAUUAGUCGAUUGUUUCGAGAAUGUAUUUAUAGUAUCCAAAACUGAAAAUGUGACGUAUGCGAGCUUCUCUCGUCUUCAGGCUGAUCUUAACUGUAUGAAGGAU